AUGGACAGCCCUGACUAUCCACUUGACAACAAGUAUGAUGCUGAUAUAGCGAUGCCAAUCGCGAUCAAGCCGGUUACUCAUUUUCUUCUGAUCCCUGCUUCACAAUUUCUGAUGAACCCUGACAACUCUUAUCUCGGCAGCUUAACCAAAUCAGAAAGAGCCAACAAGGUAAAACGCUACCUUGAAAAGAAACAUUCCCGAGUCUAUGAUAAAAAGGUACAUUUUUUAUAGUAAAUUAAUAGUUUUUGGGUAACUAGGCCUUAUUACGCUGAUUUAAUAUAAAUAGGAAUAAAGGUAUCAAAGCCGAAAAGACUCUGCCGAUAAAAGGACGCGGGUUUGUGGAAGAUUCGUGAAACAAGAGACCCCUUCUCGAAGCAGCACGGAGGACGAAAUAAGCAUGGCUUGCUUUAAAAUAGAUAGCGACUCAGCUGUUGACGAAAAUUCAAUGGCGGCGCUUUAA